AUGCUAAGGGAUAAUUUAGACAACAGUACAGACUCUAAAAAUGAAGAUGGCUCUGUCUUUUCACAGACUGAACACAAUAUUGUUGCAGCUUACUUGAUCACAGCAGGUAUAAUAAGUAUUUUCAGCAACCUAACAGUUCUGGGCAUCUUCAUUAAGUACAAGGAACUUCGGACACCCACAAAUGCAAUUAUCAUUAACCUGGCGGUUACUGAUAUAGGGGUCAGUAGCAUUGGAUAUCCCAUGUCUGCAGCUUCAGAUCUGUAUGGAAGCUGGAAAUUUGGAUACGCAGGAUGCCAGAUUUAUGCCGGAUUGAAUAUCUUUUUUGGAAUGGCAAGUAUUGGAUUACUCACUGUUGUGGCCAUGGAUAGAUACCUGACCAUCUGUAGUCCGGACACAGGAAGAAGAAUGACCAGCAACACUUACAUCCUCAUGAUUCUGGGGGCCUGGCUCAAUGGACUUUGGGCUUUGAUGCCUAUCAUAGGGUGGGCUAGUUAUGCCCCAGAUCCUACUGGGGCUACUUGUACCAUAAACUGGCGGAAAAAUGAUGCAUCUUUUGUUUCUUUCACGAUGACAGUUAUUGUGAUAAAUUUUAUUGUGCCCUUGACAGUGAUGUUUUACUGCUAUUACCAUGUCACUUGGUCCAUUAAAUGUCAUACCACUAGUAACUGCACUGAGUACCUCAACAGAGACUGGUCAGAUCAGGUAGAUGUAACAAAGAUGUCUGUGAUAAUGAUACUUAUGUUUCUGGUGGCGUGGUCCCCUUAUUCCAUCGUGUGCUUAUGGGCUUCUUUUGGUGACCCAAAGAAGAUUCCUCCCUCAAUGGCCAUCAUAGCUCCGCUAUUUGCAAAAUCUUCUACAUUCUACAAUCCCUGUAUUUACGUGGUUGCUAACAGAAAAUUUCGGAAGGCAAUGUUUGCCAUGUUCAAAUGUCAGACUCACCAAGCAAUGCCCGUGACGAGUAUUUUACCAAUGGAUAUAUCUCAAAAUCCACUGGCUCCUGGGAGAAACUGA